UCAGUAGACGGAGGCUCCGCUGCGGAGAGACCGGGGAUAAACUGCGCGUCUCUCUUGUGCCCGUUUCUCCGCGGAUGAGCCGGUGCUUGUCAUUGCUUUACCGUCACAAACUGUUCGAGAGCAAUCACAGCUUCUUUCGUGUAGUUCAUUUAAUUUCACGUGACUGAAGUUCCAGCAGACUCGGCUCAGUUCGGCUCGGCUCGGCUCGGUUCGGCUCGGCUCGGCUCUUUCUCCGCCAGAGGCACCGGUUCUCAGCUGAUCUUCAGUCGGUCGGCCGGUGUGGACUCGUGCUCUCAGCUCUGACAACGUGAACGACUCCGGGAUGGUGUGUGUCGGCGCUGCUGGGCUCCAGGUUCUUGCUAUUCUGCUUGUGUUCUCAGCAGAAUGUGGACUGACUCGAGCCGAGACUCCGGCGACGGUCAGAAGAGUGACCCAUCCUCCCCUGCGACGCCCGUUAUCCGGCUCCGCUCUUCUCCCGUGUGUGUUCACCCUGCCAUCCGCCCUGAUCCCGGGACACGGGCCCUUCAUCCGCUGGAGCCGCGGCGCAGGAGCGCUGGAGCACACGGUGCUGUCGGCUCGGGACGGGGUGGUCAGGGUGCACCGGGCAUACGUGGGUCGGGUCAGUCUGCCCGGAUACUCGGCCGAUCCGCUCAACGCCUCGCUGGUGCUUUCCCAGCUCCGCUCCAACGACUCCGGGAGCUUCCGGUGCCACGUCGCUCUGGGAGAAAAUUAUGAGCAGGAUACGGUCAACCUGGAGGUCACAGGUGUGGUGUUUCACUACCGUUCUCCCACGGAGCAUUAUUCGCUGUCGUUCCCCGAGGCCGUUCGUGCGUGUGAGGAGAACUCGGCUGAGGUCGCGACCCCUGAGCAGCUGUGGGCGGCGUUUCACUCCGGCAUGAACAACUGUGCAGCCGGAUGGCUCAGAGACCAGAGCGUCAGGUAUCCCAUACAGAGACCUGAGCUUGGCUGCCAUGGACACGCAGAGUUUUCUUCUGGAGUGAGGAAUUAUGGGAAACGGGACCCUUCGGAACUGUUUGAUGUUUACUGUUUCGCCAAUGACAUGCAAGGUGAAGUGUUUCCCGCCGGUGUUCCUGACGGACUGACUCGUCCGGAGGCAGUGGAUCACUGUACGGCUCUGGGCGGCCGGCUGGCGACCGUGGGUCAUCUCUAUCUGGCCUGGAGCUCUGGCCUGGAUCACUGCGCGCCGGCCUGGCUGUCUGACGGCAGCGUGAGGUCCUCCAUCAGCUCGCUGCGCUCCGACUGUCCCACUGGAGAACCUGGCGUCCAAACCUUUUCACCAUCAGAACUAAACAAUGGGACGGCACGCUUCGAUGCUUUCUGCUAUAGAGAAGAGAAAGCACAGAAGCCUCUCACAGGCAUCGUGAAGUCCUUACUGAGACCAUGGAGGUACAUGACCGGAGACGACAGUUCGGAGGACGCGUCCGAAUCCUUCGCCUCUAGCACGGAUGCACAGAUCACCGUCCAGCCGGACCAGCCUGACCUUCGACCCUCGAACUGGACCGGACAGGUGGAUCUGGACAAAGAGCCACUGAUGACCUCUGAACCCACCGAGCUCUCGGCCGAGUAUCUGACGGUUCGUCUGCGCGCCGGAGACACGUCUCUGGACUGGAGCGGUCAGCUGGACUCGUUCCCAGACAGCCCACAGGUGCUUCCUGAUCUGAGUCCGGGCGGCUCGGCCCGAGAGGAAGAGGACGAGGACGAAGGUCUGUCCGGUCAAUCCCUGAGCUCUGUGACUCCUUCAGAGGCUCCUCAAGACAAGACCAAGAGUUCCCUCACCAACAUCGUCAGCUCCUUAUGGAAACCCUGGAGCUACUUAACAGGAAGUGAAGCGGAGGGGACGACCACGAGCACAGCUGCGACGGAGACGCCCUCAACAGACGACAGAACCACUGCGACGCCCAGAUCAGGACAGAUGUCAUGGAGCCCCUCGUGGCUGCCCAGUCCCUCAACCGUCACUGAUAAAUUAAUCACCUCAUUUCCACCCACGAGUUCAGUCGUACCAACCACAGUCCCAGCGAACGCCACCAGAGACGGACCGAGCGACAGUCAGACUAGUCGACCCACACAGGACGGUCCGGCGACCGCAGCCGGUUGGGUCGUAGUGACUGAAAUACAUGAGCAGAAAACCCAAACCCCUGAACCUAAAGUCUCCGUCUCUACCGAGAACUUCUCCGGAGAGAGUCGAAUGCUGGAGACGGAGGGAAGCUCGUGGGGCGACACGUACCCAUCAUCUCAAACGCCGCUGAUGGUGGAGACGACGAGAACAAGUUCCUUCUCCACCUCUGCACACGGACUCGAGGCUCGUGGAGAAAUCCAGUACAGACGCAGAAACAAACCCAAGAGACUCAACCAGAGCACCACUGAGAUGACCACGAGUGCCACCCAGAGCAUAACAACUUCCUCCGCUGAGAUGUCCAGCACUGGAGACACUGUGACGAUCCUCUCGACGUCUGCAGACCAGACUCAGACAUCAAGCUUCGCCACGACGGUCCCCAGCGAUGUAGAGCAGGAUCUGAGCAGCGCUGAGGCCGUCAGGAAGAACAGCUCCACUGGAGAAGAAGCGGAUGACAGAUGCAGCUGUCUGCACGGAGGGACGUGUCUUCCUCACGGAGAGGGUUUCCGCUGCUUCUGUCCGCAGGGUUACGCAGGAGAGAGCUGUGAAAUCGAUGUGGAUGAGUGUCAGUCGAACCCCUGUGAGAACGGCGGCACCUGUAUCGAUAAAGAGGACUCGUUUGUGUGCCUCUGUUUGCCGAGUUACAGCGGAGACCGAUGUGAGAGAGACACAGAGGGCUGUGAACACGGCUGGAAGAAGUUCCACGGUCACUGCUAUCGUCUGUUUCCUGGCAGACACACCUGGGAGGACGCAGAGAAGGACUGCAGGGAGCACAGCAGUCACCUGACCAGCGUCACUUCCUCCAUGGAGCAGGACUUCCUCAACGGUCUGGGUCAUGAGAACGUCUGGAUGGGGCUGAACGAUCGUACCGUGGAGGAGGAUUUCCAGUGGACUGAUGGGAUGGAUGUUGUGUACGAGAACUGGCGUGAGAAUCAGCCGGAUAACUUCUUCGCAGGCGGAGAGGAUUGUGUGGUGAUGAUCACCAGAGAGGACGGCAAAUGGAACGACGUGCCCUGCAACUACAACCUACCCUACAUCUGCAAGAAAGGAACCGUGAUGUGUGGCACUCCGCCGGCCGUGGAUAACGCCUCUCUAGUGGGCCGCAGACGCUCACACUACGACAUCCACGCUGUGGUUCGGUACCAGUGCGCCGACGGCUUCUUCCAGAGACACAUCCCGACUGUCCACUGCCGACCCUCCGGGACCUGGGAGAGACCCAAGAUCAUCUGCACUAAAUCACGGCGAUCUCACCGUUAUCGUCGGCAGCAUCACAGAUCUCGGCGCGAGCAUCGACGACAUCGGAGACACGGAUCGGGGCACAGGGGGCGGGAUUAAGCCACGGGGGCGGAGCUGAAAGCAGGGGUCGUGACCUCUGUGCCUGCGUUUCCAUCUUAGAGGGAACACAGCAGAUGGACAGGACAGAAAUAACCGUUCUUUUUUUUAACGCUGUUAUUUAGUUUACACUAACCCUCUAUUCACAUCUUCAUUAGAAAGUGUUUUUUAAUUGGUUAUUUCAUGCAGAUUUAACUCAUGCUCAUAGUUGUUCAACUUUAGAUAUUUUGGAUGUAAUGCUUUAAUGAAAUACUCAAUGUCCAAACUGCCCAAAAUGAUUCAUAUUCCUGAAAUAAGGCGCUCUUCGAGCCUUUGAAUGGCACAAUAAUGAAUUACUUUUACCCAUGAGGCUUUACUUUGUCUUUGUUUUGAGUGUUUGCUGAUGAUUUGGAUUAAAUGGCCACUUUUUAACUCUUAAAUGUGAAAUGUUGGAGUAGAAUCGUAGUGAAACGACUUAUGUUCAUAAAUGAGUGAAUUUCAUGAAGGAAAAGCUACUUCUGCUCACAUUUCAUACCAAUAUGAAAAGAAAAAAAUAUGUGAAAUUAUAUUUUUCAUAAAGGAAAUGAAGCCUGUUUUUUAAAUCAUUGUUUUUUUUAUUUUGUGUGUUUUUUUUUUUUUUUGCAUUAUGAUAAUUAAAUUACAUUUACUCUCAAAUUAAAUAUCCAAAUAUUAAUAAAAUCCUGUUAUCAUCACUGUAAUAGAGGAUUAAAAAUCAAAAAAGUUUUUAAAUAAAAUGAUAAAUUUAGCAUUAAUAAAUGGUGCUAUGAAAUAUACUUAAUUCUUUUAAAUUGACUUUACAAUUUAUAUAUAUAAUUCUUAAUAUCAUAUGACUAAUUUCAACAUGUUUAAUUGUUGUAAAUAUAACGUCAAAAAGAAAAAAGUUCUUUAUACCAAUGUUAUUUUUAUCAAUAUUUUCAAUUAUUUAUUAUUUUUGCAUUUUCUGUUUUCAUUAAAAUGCCUAAUUAAAUUAAUUUCAUUUUCAUUUUAGGGUGUUUUUAUUAAGUUUUAUUUUAAUUUGAGCAAUUUUGAUAUAUUAAGUUAAACUGAAUUAAAAUGAAAAUAAAAAAUGUUGCCAUGCCAAAUUUAUUUCAAGCAUUGAAAAUGUUUUUUUUUUUUUUUUUUUUUUUUUUAGUUCUCCUAUAAUAACCCUGCUUUAUGCAAAAUGUAAUUUCUUAUUUCUUCUGGAUGUUGGGGUGAAAUGUGAGCAAAACAGAACUGAAGCUGAGUUUGUAAAUGAAUGAGUUAAUUUAUCUUCUCACAUAAACAUCAGAAAGAUCUGGAACGGAGAUGAUUGACAGGUUUUUUGAUUGACUCUGUGUUCAGCUGAUUCAACUGAAUCGUUUCUGUUUUUUUGAAUCUGAAUCAGAAGGAUUUGACUCUUUGAACAGAAACUAACACAGACACACUGAGUCCUCAAGAGGGCGAUAGAGUUUCCUUCAGAUCUCAGUUUUAUUACCAUUCAGCUCGGAAACAUCGAUGCAUCGACCUGAAAGAGAAAACCCAGCCUAGAAGAAAGUUUAUGCAUGAACACAUACUUUACAAAUUGUGUUCAGACACAUUUUAGUUCAUUUCACACACCUGUUACUUGGUUACUUGUCGACAUGUGUCUCGAUGUCCUUCCUGUGUGUGUGUGUGUGUGUGUGUGUGUUUCUGUGUGUGUUUUGAUCAUGCAGUUUUAAUUGUUCUUUAAACUACAUACAAUACUCAAAAAUACUCAGUAUUUUUUUUCCAGUACACAUUUAAACAUUCUUACAUCAAGAUACAGAAACUUCAGAAGCAAAAAAUGUUACAUUUUAUUUUCUAAACAAAAGUAUCAAAAUUAAGUGAGUUUAUAUUUAAAAUGAGAAAAUACAUGACAGUAGGUCAGAAAAAUAAACUUAAAAUGUUUACUUUUCUUCCCGGAUUUGUGGAUAUUUACGCAUUAACUCUUUUUAUUUUAAUAAAAUAUAUGUCUGAAAAAUUUCAAUAAUUUAAAUCUCAAGGUUUUUAGUUAAAAUUUGAAAUUUUGCAUAAAUUAACUAUCUUGAAAUAUGGUUAAUAAAACACUUCACAAAUACACUUAAAAUACAUUUUUUUCUUUUGAGUUUUAUUAAUUCAUUUAACAUUUUCUUACUCCACUGACACAUAUUUAUACUUGUUUUAAGCAUAAACUCACUUAAUUUGAAUAAUAUUUAACUUAAUAAUUUAAGUAAGUUUGCUUGAUUUGAGACAGUUGUACUGGAAAACAAGACAAAAAUACUGAUGAAGAAAUAAAACAUUUUGCAGUUGAGGAUCUGUUCCUAAACCUAGUGAGCUUCCUAAAUAGACAACUUAAAGAUGCAGUUUUUUAAUAUCACUUUGCUAGAAUGCCAGAAUGCUUGCUACAAGCUCAAUUAAAUCUAAUGCAAUAUAUGGGACGAGGUUAAAAACAAGGAAAUCUAAUUAAUGCAUUAUUUUAUCCAUUUAUCCUUUCAAUUCUUGAAAUCAAAUGGUGUUUAACACACAGACGUGCUUCCGAAUCUCUCACUUGUGAGGGUCAGUCUCCAUUAGGAUGCUGUCUAUGUAGGGAGCACUAGGUUUUGGAGCAGAUGUGUUGCUUGUUCUCUUUUCCUCUCAGUAUCUUCUGUUUUCUCUGUCUUUAUUUAUAACAUGGACUCUUUAGGGAAGAUGAUAUAGUGAAUAACUCACAUAAUCACCCUUCAGUUUGCUCUGAGCUUAUAGGUCCACUUUCUUUCAUCUUCACUCAUUUAUUCUUUCAUUGUUGACUUGUCGUUUUUUUAGUAUCUGAGCACAUUUAAUCCCCCUGUUUUUGUACAAUAACUAGCAGAAGUGUCAUGGAAAUGUGUAUUUCUCACAAUAACAAGGAUAUGUUUGGAUCUCUUUAUUAAAACGGCCGUCAGCUGAGAGCAUGGCUCAGAUCAGUCUGCUUUCUGAGCUCAAACUUUCAUGUUUUUAUGCCUCACUUCGCGUGUUUGAUGUGUUUUUGUUCUUUAUUUUAAACUCGAGACAGACCAACAAUAAAAGUGAUUGGAUCAAAA